UCGGUUUAGGGACUGCAGCUUCGCUUGAGUAAAGAAUGCCUGACUCGUGAACUGAGCGAAUGAGUGAACUAACAAGAUAGUCUUAUGACCCAGCGAAACAAUGACUCGUUUGUUUUUCAGAAUUUAGCCUUGGCUGCGAUAUAGUUUGUAUUUCUAAUUCGAAAUAUGAUCAACGUUUUCGUAUUUAGAUGUGGUGGGAAUUUUAAUUAAACUCGACUUGGAAAAUAGAUUAGUUUGUUUCGCUGAACGAUAUUCCGUUCCGAGUCAGUAAAAUGAAAUGAACUUCCCAUCUUUAGACUAUUGUGUCUCAGGGAGGCUCGCGGACAAACAAAGCGUCCUUCAAACAGAAGAACAGAAGGCUUUUAUUCACGAGGGAGAAAGAGGCGAAAAUGAAGCUUCUCUUUAAUUUGCUCUCAGUCAUCUUAUUUUUACUCGACAACGGUGUGUCUGGUGUCGUAUCAGAUGUAUUGGUUUCAGUGAGGGAGGGAGAUUCCGUCACUCUACACACUGGUGUUCAAACAGACCAACAAGAAGAUAUUAAAUGGUAUUUUAAAGACACUCGCAUCGCUCAAAUCAGUGGAGAUCUCAGUAAGACCUGUACAGAUGUUGAGUGUAAUGAAGGAACUGAGAGAUUCAGAGACAGACUGAAGCUGGAUCAUCAGACUGGAUCUCUGACCAUCACAAACAUCACAAACACAGACUCUGGACUUUAUGAACUGAAGAUCAUCAGCAGCAGCAGCAGCAGCGACAAGAUCUUCAGUGUUACUGUCAAUGGUGUUUCUGCUGCUGAACAAGAUGAAGUGAAGGAGGGAGAAUCUGUCACUUUAGAUCAUGGUGAAACUAAAAGCCCAAAUGAUGUGAUGACGUGGUAUUUUAAUGACAUUCUCAUCGCUGAAAUCACUGGAGAUCAGAGUAAGAUCUGUAGAGAUGAUCAGUGUGAGGAGAGAUUCAGAGACAGACUGAAGCUGGAUCAUCAGACUGGAUCUCUGACCAUCACAAACACCAGAACAACAGAUUCUGGACUUUAUAAACUACAGAUCAGCAUCAUCAGCAGCAGUUUCAGCAUCAGCAGAGUGAACAGAUUCAAUAUCACUGUCACCGGUUCAGGUUUGUCUUCAGCUGCUGUAGCAAGAAUAGUUGUAGCUGUUGUUCUGCUGGUGGCUGCAGCUGUAACUGUUGGUUUGAUUUACUGCCGUCAUCGCAGGAAAUACAAACCUGCAGCACAGAAUGUAAGUAUUGCAUACAGUAUAGCUGAAACAUGAGUCCUCUUUACUUUUACCCAUUUGUGAAUCUGUGUUUUCUUACAGGACAAUUAAGUCAAUAUCUUGUCACCUGAUCAGAAAGACUCUCCUUUAAAUCAAAUCAGUCAGACUGAGGCUCCCAAUGAAACAGUGUAACAGCAUUUAUAAUUCUUUAAUUGUUUAAUUCUUGAAUGCCUAAAUGCAGCGAAUAUUGUCUUGCACAUCUGUUACCUGAUAUGAAGGUAAUACGUCAGUCAUGGUCCCACAGCGGCUAAACGCCCUCUGGUUCCACCUGCUACAGUAGCCACGCCCCUAAACUCGUGCAAUUGGUUGGGCUGAAAGAGAUUAAAAGAGUGGAUGCAAUUGUGUAUGUUUUUUUUUUUAAGUGACACAGCAUGUACCCAAGUAUGGUGUCCCAUACUUGGAAUGUGUGCUCUGCGUUAAACCCAUCCUAGUGUUCGCACACACACAGUAGUUUUGUUGAUUUCGUAAAUGAAAAUUAUGACUAAAUAUAGUCAUCAACAAACCGUUAUCACGUGACGAAAAUGAGACGAGACGCAAUGUAAAUGCUGGUCAUUUGACGAUGGCUAUAAUUAAUUGUAUAAUGCAAUAAUAUUGUAGACGAAUAAAAACAAGACUAAAUGUGCUUUACAAAAUAGAAAUCUUGUUUAGUCGGUUUAUUAUUCUUUUGCAGUAUUUCUGUUCCUGUGUCUCACUUCAAGGUCUGCAUCAGGUCGCACUGCGCAAACACAACUGACAUCACUUCCUCAAGCCCCACUCGCGGCAUUAUUUAGAAGACGACAACAGACAAAGUUAAGCGGGAAUUAUACUUUCAUCUGGCUCCGCUGACUGUGAGCACACUUUCCCAAAUGGACGAGGCUUUUAUACUA